AUUUCGUUUUGAAGUUACCGUUUCAGAGAAGGAUUUGUGGAUACUCUACAUGGCAUUGGAAGUUUUAUUAUUAACCGGUAAAUAACCCGGUAACAACUUCCGACAAGAUUUCAAACAUUUUGAAGUGAGAUUAGUUUAAAGCUCCGUUGAAAACGAAAGCGUCUUUGCUUAUUACGAUACCCGAAAAUAUGUGAAGAUGUUAAACUCAUUUACUGUAUAGCGAGUUUGUUUUAGGAAGUUUCCACCAAAUGACAACUGAAAAAGCCAUCGUCACUGUACGCCUCGUGCGCUCCUUUGAGCACUGCAAUUUCAGACCGGUGGUUUUCCGAAAUGUGGAGCUGAACCAGACCGUCAAAGAGUUCAUUGCCUUUGUGAAAUCAGAGAUUUUGUCAGCAUCGGGGCUUCCUCCUCCAUUCAAGAAAUUUGAGUAUGACACCAUGAAGAUCAUCCAUCAGCCACAUGGAGCCAAAACUAAUGAGUUGAUAAUGAGUUUGGAAGAUGAUGAUAAACUUCUUCUAAAAGAAAAUGAUACCUUGAAAUCUGCUGGAAUUGGAAAUGAAACAGAUCUCGCAUUUUUCCGCAAAGAGGACUAUGAGAAAUUCAAAGCAAACCCCAAAACGGUUUUUUGAUUUUCUGUCUAUUUGUACAGUUGGAUAUCUAAAACUUUUUCUAAAUGUAUGAAUUUACUUUCUGAUUUUUUUUUUUUUUGCCAAGUUGAGGUAAUUCGUUGUAUUAUUAUUUUGAGUCUGCAUUUAUUUUACACCUAGUACACAAAAAUAUCAGGAUUGCCAGUCUGCAAAUUUUCACAAUGGCCAUGUAUUUUAUUUUUAAUCCCUCCGUUUACUGCACUAGCCUAAGAAGCAUUUUUAUAGAUGUAAGAAGGUAGGAGGUUGUUUAACCUUUGUCAGUAGAAGAAUUAUUUUUGUUUUUUGUAAAGUUUUAUAAUUGGAUUACCACUAAGGGAAUAAAAGUGAAAUAAAA